ACCCUGAACGCCAACUAUACGCGGCUACUACGCCUCUACAUACAUUUUCGUCCUGCGUACAGUACACGCUCCAGACGCAGGAGCUGCCAAUGGCGGGAGACGGCGAGCUGAAGCUGCUGGGCCUGUGGACCAGCCCGUUCGUGAUCAGGGUGCGCCUGGCGCUCAACCUCAAGGGCCUGAGCUACGAGUACACCGAAGAGGACGUGAAGAACAAGAGCCCGCUCUUCCUCACCUCCAACCCUGUGCACAAGAAGGUGCCCGUGCUCAUCCACGACGGCAAGCCUGUCUCCGAGUCGCAGGUCAUCGUGCACUACAUCGAUGAGGUCUUCGGCGCCGCCGGCCCUUCGCUUCUCCCCGCCGACCCCUACGAGCGUGCCACCGCCCGCUUCUGGGCCGCGUACGUGGACGACAAGGUCGGGUCUGCAUGGCGCACGAUGCUGUUCGCCAAUGAGAUGGAUGAGAAGGUGGACGGCGCGACGCAGGCCAUCGCGGCGCUGAAGACGCUGGAAGGCGCGUUCCAGGAUUGCUCCAAGGGGAAGCACUACUUCGGCGGCGACAGCCCCGGUUACAUGGACGUCGUGCUCGGCGGCUUCCUGGGGUGGUUCAACGUGUUCGAGAAGAUGAUCGGCGUCAAGGUCCUCGAUGCUGCCAGGACGCCGCUCCUGGCCGCGUGGGCCGAGCGGUUCAGCGCCGGCGACGCGGCCGAGGGUAUCCUGCUGCAGGAUGUCGACAAGGUCCUCGAGUUCUUGAAGGCAUUCUUCGCUUAGGGCGCGGCAUUCACCGUGUGCUCCAUCUUGGUUUGCUGUUGAACACCCACCAUUUGGUUAUUUAUUGAAUUUACUGGCCUCUUAAUCACGAUAAAAUAAGAUGGCCUGAAAUAGACCAGAUCUCAAAUGCCUAACAUUCUUUGGUUUAUGCCGGCCAUAGAUAGGU